AUGGCGGAGAUGGUCAGUUCUGUGGUUAUCCAGGAGUCAUUUAGCCAAAUAUUAUCUGGCCUUGUUAAAAAAUAUGAGGACAAAGAGGAAACAAAUGGAAUCAGAAACAUAGAGAGGCUAGAGAUGGCACACAUCAGGCUGGAAGCUGCUCUUGAGACGUCAAAUAAAUGGCAGAUCACUGAUACAUCCGUGUUGCGUUGGCAAAAGAAGCUGAAGCGUGCUGCACAAGAGUGUGAUGAGAAACUGCACAAAUGUAAGCAGAGAAUUCUCGAAGAAGAACGUAUGGAACAGGAGGUAAGGAAUUCCUCCAUUCCUAAACGGAUUGGACAUGCUACCAAGUCAUUUGUUUUCUCCAUCUUUAACCGCAACAACGAGGAGUUGAACCCAUCUGUCGUUAAACGAUUUGAGUGGUAUGCAGAUGGUGCUAGUGAAUUCCUGAGAUUCAUUGAGCUUGGCGGCACACCACUAUGUCACAUCAUGCCCUUUGGCUCCCUUAUCAAUAAUCUUUUUGCAGGCAAGCAACUUCACCAUAAAAUUGUUCGUGGAAGCCAACAGCCUUUGUGUGAACUAUGGUUGAUCCCCUUUAGUACUGCAGAGCAAGGAACAGAGGUUGACAUAAUAUUUAUCAAGAAAGAUGGUACAACAGAGGGAAAUAUCUACUUUAGUAUAAUAGUGCAGCUUUCAGAGAGUACAGACAUAGUUGGGAUUGCAGUUAGGAGUUUGCAGUUGUUUGCCCCUCAUGUCAAAUUUAUAGUUGAAAAUAUUACCAGCGAACUUACUCAACUACCUACUCAAGACCUCUCAUGGACGCCAUUUGCUUAUUCAAACCACAGGGAACAUUUUUACAAUCUUCACAACAUUGGAUCUCAAUGGUUUCGCCCGAAACCAUUAUGUUGCAAGCAGCAGCAACACCAUGAGGUUCCACAUUUUAGCAACCUAAACAUGGCAGGAUUAUCAGAUGUUUCAUUAGAACCAGUAGUUGUAUUUAAUUUGCAGUGGCAAGUCUCACAUUCAGUUUACAGCAAGCGAAAGACCUCACUGUCUGAAGGCACAAUGUCUCUGCAAAAUUCUCCAUAUCUGAAAGCUGGAAUUGUUUUUGCACCCCAUGGCUCUUCUGAAGACAUGCUACCACUGAAUAAAAGUUCUGAAACAGUAGAGAUAGUUGGUGGUCAGCAACAUGUCUUGCAUACGGACAUCUCCUUGGAGCAAUUGGAAGAGAUUAUGCUAGCAAAGGCCAUAGAUUACUUCUGCCACAAUGAUGAAGCGUCCGUAUACCAAAUGAUUUGGAGGUCUAAACAUGGGGAUGCACGGAUUCAUGUUGAGAAGCCAAGCAUAAACACACGGAGAACAAGCAUGAGAGCGCGGAGAACUUUUGGGGGGCCUACAAAUAGAAAGCUGCUUCGAGGACAGGAUCAGAAGAUUGGGAUUGGGGACUAUCUAGGUGUGAUCACUCACUUCAUCAAGUUAUGGGGUGACCAUGUGCCCAUCCAUCUGAAAAGUUCUCAAAUGGACUGGUUGCGGAAAGAAAAGGAAACUCAGUUACCAGAAAGAAAAGCAAAACCUGUGAGAAACAUAUAA